AUGGCAGUGCAGGACGCGGCGUCCGCUCCAAGUGAGAUGACUAAAUGUAACGAGGACGGACUCUGGAAGGAUGCCCGAGGUAAGAUCUGGAUCCCCGAUGACGCGACUGAUCUACAAGUCCGUAUUUGCGUGGUGGGUCAUUUCGGAAUCGCAGGUCACCGAGGGAUGACUUUGACGUUGCAGCAGAUCAGUGAGCGGUUCGUUUGGGCGGACAUGAAAAGCGACGUGGAGUUUUUUGUGCAGCGUUGCCUGCACUGCGCAAGCACGCUUAGUGGGCAACGACAGCUGGAGGAAGCCCUGCAUACCGAUCACCUAAACGAGCUUAUCCACUGGGACUUCCUGUUCAUGGAGGAGAGUGACACAAAGCAAGAGUAG